CACAGUGUAUAAAUACGCCGGGUUGUCAAACAGUAAAGUUUCAGCGAGCACCUUCAGUUCAACGCGAAGUGUCACCGAAAGACAAAGUACGCCAAAAAAUUACAGCUUCGGUGGCAAAGAAGGAAAACACAGAGUCUUAUUUUUAUGUAAACUUGGUAAUUCUGCGAACUGACGCCUCCGCCGUAGAUUUUUGUCAUAUAAUAUGAGGGAAUUAAUGUAGAGACCAGGGAGGACAGGUCAAGCCCCGGACAUCAUCACCACCAUAACCGUUAUCACGGCUAGCUGGAACAUCCAGAGAACCUAAAAACAUUCCCUGCCUUUGAGAUGCCGAUGCGAAUAUGACUCCAAAAGAUUCAACGACUUUUCUUUAAGCCAGAGGUACGAACUGCCUCCCUCUUAUCAGCAUCCUAUAACAAUCAGAUCCCACCACGACCCUAACCCGAUGCAGCCAUGCAUCUAGAGGUCAAGGUCGCCCUCAACUUUAUUGUGUCCUACCUGUACAACAAGCUGCCUCGCCGUCGAGCUGACCUGUUUGGUGAGGAGUUGGAGAAGAUACUGAUGUCCCGCUUUGAGGGCCACUGGUAUCCUGAUGCGCCCCUCAGGGGAUCGGCUUUCCGCUGCAUACACUUGGGGGCGCUGCGUGACCCUGUAGUGGAGCUGGCUGCCAAAAGAAGCGGACUAGAUACGGAGGAGGUGCGUUCUAACGUCCCUGCUGAGCUCAGCGUCUGGAUCGACCCAUACGAGGUGUCCUACCAGAUUGGAGAGAAGGGGACGGUAAAGGUGCUUUACCUAGAAGACCCCCCAGGCCUCGGAUGCGACGGUGACAGGGCUGAGGCGGGGAAUGGGGAAGGAAAAGGAGAGUCUGAAGCUGAGGAGGCAAAGAGUUUGGGAUUUAAUCCAGAUGCUCAGGUGUUUGUGCCAAUUGGAAAUCAAGCAUCUCCGGCACUCAUGCCAUCCCUCUCAAGCUCGCCCACAGCUUUGUCAGCUCAGCCUGGACUCUUUAGCUACCCCAGCUCCAGCACUCCUACUGACCCUGGGGCCAAUUCCUCCAACACUUCCACCCCUUCCCCUCCCAGCGGCGUGUUACCCUACCUCCCCACUCAGCAGGCCCCCUCAGCGCUCCCUCCAGCCCGUCCACAACCCAUCACCUUCACCACAGCAAGCUUUGCCGCUACCAAGUUCGGCUCCACCAAAAUGAAGAAGUGCAGCGGCACCGGGUCACCAGCCAGCUCCGGUGUCAUUGUGCCGCCUUCGCAAAGGAUGCUCUCCCGCUCUCCCACCAACAUCCCGGCACCGGAGCUGCUAAAGCACAAGCCCCUGUCGUUGUCUCUGCACUCCCUCGGAGGUCAGAUCCCCAGCCAGCUCUCCCCCAGCGCCAAAGAGUUCGUCUACCCAGGAUCGCCGGGCCCCUUUUACUUUGAGGCCGACACCCAGCCCAUGCAGCCUCAGGCCAGCCCUUUCCAACCCUCGCACAACAUCAGCUCCAACCCAGCUUUUGAUGCGUUCGCCAGCCCUUCUGCCCAAAACGUGGGCAUCCUCAGCAGCGGCGCAGGAAUCCCUUACGUGGAGAAACCAGCGUUUGACGGUUUAGGAAGUUACAACCUGCAAUAUCCAAGCCAGUCUUUCCAGCCCGUCGUGCUGGCCAACUAACUAACCCUUUGUUUGGAUUACCAGUCGAGGCAGAGUUUGGUGAAUCUACACGUCUUUGGUUUUCCUUCAAAACAUAAUGUUGACUUCAUCAAAAGUGGGUUUUGCUACAGAGAUUAGAGAAAUAAACAUGUCCACUAACCAUUUUAUGCUUUGUAUCUCCCUUUUCACUCCUCCUGGAACCAUUCGUGUUCCUUCACUUUGCAUUGAUAGAUAUCGAUGGUUAGGUGGCGAGAUUCUUUCUGCACCCAGUUCUAUUCAGACAUGAAACAUUUAUUUUCUACUCCUUGUGACGGACCCGUCUCUAGAGCAGCUCCAUUUUGCACUGCACUGUCAUGCUGUGAAAAAAGGACUUUGCCAAGUCCUGCAGGGAACGACUGCUGUGGAAAACUCAGCACUUUGCUCGCAAUCUGCUCUGCCCUACUUGCCACAAAUACACAGGAGAAGGGGGGUGUUGUUUUGCUGUCUGUGUGUCGUCCUGCCCCGUUUUGUUAUGGUUCGAUCGAGGGAACGGUUGUUUGUCUCAGUUAUUGGGUGCAUGUAUAUCGAAAGCUUGUUAUCAGUCGCUGGUACGCCUGUGUGAGCGGGAAUGAAUGAUGGGCAGGCAGAGGGAGAGAGAGCGGCGUUGGAGAAUGUAUUUUAUCUGCUGGAGGGAAGCUCUGAAUGUGAAAGACAGCUGAAUUAGAAGGUGAACUAAAUGUUACCUCUUUGUUUAAAGGGAAAAAAA